UGGACUCACAAAUGCCUGCAAGAAGUCUUCCUGAUCUGUCGAUUAGAGAGAAUGAUGAGAUUGUAUUAUUGAAACAAACGAUUUCAAACUUAAAUAUUCAACUUGAAACUGCCCACCUGGAAAUCGAAAAUCUACACCUUGAAAAUAACGCGCUACAAAAACAAAUAGUAGAAAGGGAUAGUAAAAUAAAACAACUGAUUACAAUUUGUUCUAGUACCAAAAAAGUAAUAAAAAAGAAAUGUGAAUUUUCAGUAUCAAAAUUUAAUACGUCUACGGGAUCACAAAAUACUGAUACUCGAGUGGCAAGUAUUCAAACUGAAUACCAAAAGCAAGACUUAGAUACAUCGAAAUCUCUAAAUAAUACCAAAGAGAAAGUAGUAAAAAGCAAAAUAAUGAUAUAUGGAGCGCAGCAGUGUGUGGGAUUGGCUUCUCUUCUAUCAGACCUACGACGAAACACCAAGUACGAAGAUUAUAAAAUAUUUGCGGAGACCAAGCCUUUUGCACAAACGGAAGACAUCCUUAAGUCGGUUGAUUAUUGCAACUUAGGUUCGAUGGACAAAAUUAUAUUAUGUGUCGGUGAAAAUGAUAGUAAUGCUCUAAAGACAACGUCCGAAUUGUACUAUGUAUUAAAGAAAGUUAAAAAUGCUACUGUAAUUGUAUUAGGUGUGUUAAAUAAUGAUCAUCAAAAUGAAAGAUUGUUAAACUAUAGCAUAGAAAAAACAUGUAAGAUGUUCACAAAUUGUCAUUUUAUUCGUUUCGAUACAUUUGCUAAGAAAUUAUUGAAUAAAAUGGUAAAAAAAUAUAUAUGUACAAGAGUAAAUAUGUUAAUAGACACAAUCGACUAUGAAUAUAAAUACUUAAUAACUAAAACAAAUGUAAACAUGUUUAACUAUACAAGACACAAUUUAAGGAAAAAAUCAUUAAUGCAUGAGAACCGAAAAACGCAAUUACAAAAAAAAAUUUAUGACUACUUUCCCAAAUUAAAUAAAACUAAAUCUAUACAAAAAACAUCUGACCAAAAUACUUUUUUUCGAUAACACCUCGUCUCUUACUAUAAUGCACCAAAAUAUUGCCGGCUUGCUCAGCAAGGGGGAAAUUAUUGAAAUAACUUUAGAAGAGCUUGAAGCAAAAAACACAGUUAUUGUUGACGUAUUAUGUUUUUCGGAAACCUUUAU